AUGUUGUUGCUGCUGUUACUGUUGCUUCCUUCAAAUAUUAAUAGAGGCGAUGAUGAUGAUGAUGAUGAUGAAUUUGUCGUUCAUCACCGCACCACCACAGCCCUGCCACCACCACUCUCACAGAUGUCAACAGUGUCAUCUCCCCCAAAGCGGUCAACAGAAGGUCAAACAGGAAAGUCAACGGCUCAAAUUAACGACCAAAAUCAGGUCAUCAUGCCACCCAGAUUUCUUCGCGGUAGAGGCAAAGGACCCGUGUCAGGUCAUGAUCACGAGGCCGGGCCGUCGCAUCGACGUACUCCUUCCAUCACCAUGAGCACCAGCCCGCAAGAGCCAUGGAGGCUCUAUAUUGAACCUGGAAGGCGAUCUGUAUCCCUUAGCUCCUCUCCUUCGUACCAACACUCUUUUGGGCCCCAUUCAGAAAACGAGCCCAACAACCAGCCGCCAGCUUUCAUACCUCUUCAGAGAUCCAACUCUCAUCACUCUUUUGGCGACCCAACACCCGUUUUCCAAAGCCGAUUUAACCCGGCUAACCUUUUGCCAGAACCCGUGGGUUUUAACCCACUUGGACCGGGAGACCACUUUUCAGGGGAAAACGACAUGGACGAGGAUACUGACCCCGUGGAACCUGCAUCAGGAACGCCGAAUCAUCCCAUUGAAAUCUCAGAUGGGUCAUCAUUCCAUGGAUCGCCAUAUAGCGUACCGGACAGUUUUAUGGAGAAGUUCAACCAGUAUGAUUGGUACUUCACCCCGUCUGAACACUCGCAUCAUCAGCAGCAACAGGAUCCUUCGGUGGGUCAACAGUUUGUGGCAGCUACGCCACCGCCACCACCGCCACAUCAGCCACCUCCUCCACCGGUGUAUCAGCCGCCACAGCCACAGAUUCAGCAGGAAGUCCUUGAGAGGCUAAACCAAGUUGAACAAGAAGUUCGUGAAGACCGCAGAGAGCGGCAAGGUUUCUUCAAAGGGCUGUCAGACUUGCUUAAGGGGAAGUCGAAGAGGAGGGGUCAUUGA